AUGGCAAUUUCGUUCUCGCCUGCAACCCCGUUGAGGUCCAUCUAUCAACAACCCAGCCACAAGCCAAACCCUCCCAAAUCCCUCCUCUCACUCCAAGACUCUAACUAUGGAGGACCCAGUUGCGCAAGAUUCAUAUCUACUCCUGGGGAUGUGUUUGGUUGGAGGUCGGCUUCGAAUUAUGUGAAACUUCAGGUCGGCGCAACAAAAUUUGCGGCGAAGCUCCUUGUUGUGAAACAAUCAUCCCAUGAAAGAACAGGAGUCUUGAGGUGUGCAACUAUUGAAGAAAUAGAAGCUGAGAAGUCUUUGAUUGAAAAAAACGUGAAAGAAAAGAUGGAAAAGACUAUUGACACUGUUCGAUCGAAUUUUAAUUCCAUAAGGACAGGGAGAUCAACUCCCUCAAUGCUUGAUAAAGUUGAGGUGGAGUAUUAUGGGACGCCGGUCAGCUUGAAGAGCAUAGCUCAAAUCAGUACUCCUGAUGCAAGUUCAAUCCUGGUGCAGCCAUAUGACAAAUCCAGCUUAAAGAUUAUAGAGAAGGCUUUAGUUAGUUCUGAUCUUGGUUUGACUCCAAAUAAUGAUGGUGAAGUGAUACGAUUGUCACUUCCUCAACUGACAUCCGAGAGGAGGAAGUAUAUCCUGCAUGUUGGUACAAGAGCAUUGGCUUAUGCUGCACAGACCUCUGUCAUCACUUCCUUCGCUUUGUGCAUAGAAGACAGUACUUAUAGUUGGGAAAAUCUUGCAGACUCUAACUAUGGAGGACCCAGUUGCGCAAGAUUCAUAUCUACUCCUGGGGAUGUGUUUGGUUGGAGGUCGGCUUCGAAUUAUGUGAAACUUCAGGUCGGCGCAACAAAAUUUGCGGCGAAGCUCCUUGUUGUGAAACAAUCAUCCCAUGAAAGAACAGGAGUCUUGAGGUGUGCAACUAUUGAAGAAAUAGAAGCUGAGAAGUCUUUGAUUGAAAAAAACGUGGUGAGUGGCUAG